UUACAAAAAGAAGAACAUCAUCGUUGGUAUAGUUCAGAAUCUGUCACAAAGGGAGCUUUCCACUCUGUUUCUUAACUCAAAUCUCGCUUACUUCCAUCAUUUUCUGUAAAUUUAAUGACUCCAACCAAGCAACACAACAGACAAAUGAUACACACACACCGCCAUUUUCAUCUCAAGAUCUUCCCUUUACUUGCAGAGAUCUCCAGGUUUUAGUCCGCCGGAGUUUGUGUCCAAAUGGGUAAGGCUGGAAAAUGGCUCAAGAAAUUCCUCUCCGGCAAGAAGUUCCAUAAAGAACAUUCCCAAAUCGCCAAUCCGAUUUCUCCCAUUUCCUCUGAAAACCCCACCACUCCGAUUUCGACUCCUAAAGAUAAGAAACGAUGGAGUUUCCGGCGAGGCUCGCCGACCAAGGAAGUGAGUCCACCGGAGCUGAAUGUUUCCACCGUAACAACCCCACCGGCGACCACUACCUUCGACAUGGAAAAGGAACAGGAAAAACACACAAUGGCGUUGGCGGCUGCGACGGCCGUCGCAGUCGCCGCCGCUCAAGCUGCCGCUGCCGUGAUUCGUCUGACCGCAGCUUCAAAUGGGAAAGCCACUGCAAUUGAAGAAGCUGCUGCAGUUAAAAUCCAAUCUGUUUUCAGAUCUUAUCUGGCGAGAAAGGCUCUGUAUGCAUUGAAAGGAUUGGUGAAAUUACAAGCGAUGGUCAGAGGCCAUUUAGUAAGAAAAAGAGCCACCGAUACUCUGCGGUGUAUGCAAGCUUUAGUGACGGCGCAGGACAGAGCACGAACACAGAGGAUCAAAAUGGCUGAAGAUUCGAAGCCCACUGCUCAACAAUGGCACUCAGCACAUAGAAAAUCCUUCCAAGAAACUCGUUUAAGACAACCCCAUCAAGAGAUUGACAGAGAAAUGGAAGAGAAUAUAAAGAUCGUGGAGAUGGAUUUAGGGGGCAGCAUAAAGAAUCGCAAUAGCUACAGCCAUUACGCGUAUUCGAAUCAAGAAAGCUACCGUCUUUCGCCGACGCCAUCGGCGAUGGUGGAUAUAAGCCCGAGAACUUUCAGUGGCCAUUACGAUGAUUACGCCGUCGGAACAGCUCAGAAUAGUCCCCAGUGCUUCUCAGCCAGGGCGAAAACCGAUUUAAAUCGACUCCCAUUUGAAUUCCCCCGAUCAGAAUACGGAGAAUCAUUGUCUUAUGAGUACCAAUUGUUCCCAAAUUACAUGGCGAACACGGAGUCAUCGAAGGCGAAAGUGCGGUCACAAAGCGCGCCAAAAGCCCGGCCGGAGUCGCUCGAGAGGCAGCCAAGCCGACGGAGAGUAUCAGUAGAGGGGAGGAACAUUCCAAGAGCGGUGAAAAUGCAACGCUCGUCGUCGCAUUUGGGCAGUGCAACACAUGGCACCGGUUACCCUCCAUGGCCGAUCAAGCUCGACCGGUCGACCGUGUCGCUCAAGGACAGCGAAUGUGGUUCAACAUGCUCGAUCGUUACAAAUUCGAACUACUGUCGAUCAAUGGCAGCACAGGAAGGUUAUGGAAACAGAUACUAACAAAGAAGAUGCUGAAACAAAAAGGAGUUACCUCUCCAAUUUCUGACCCUUUUCUUUUCCUUUUUGUUUGAGUUUUUUCCUGUUAGAUGACAAUAAACAUCUUAUCAAAUAUGUUCGUUUAAGUUC